UCCCCCCCCCCCUCUCUGCAGUCUACUUUCAUGACAACUGGAGCUCUGUGCUGGGGCUUUCUCACCCAGGCAGACACCCCCCAGACCCAGUCCCCUCAUGGGCAGAAGAUCAGUGUGAGCUGCAGGGAGGAGGUCCUCGCCCGUCUAGAAGACCAUCAAGAUGGAUCAAGAAGACGGGGGAUUCCACUCCAUGGGCGCCGUGUCAAUCAUUGGAGCCGAGGACGAGGACUUCGAGAACGACAUCGAGCCGAAUGUGGACGACCAGCAGAGUUACUUCCAGAGUAUUGAGCUGGUGAAGGACCACCCGGCUUACAUCAUGGUCUUCCUGCACCAUGUCGUCCUCCAGUUUGACCCGAGCCCCCUGCUCUGCUUCUUACAUGUGGAAAUUUUAAGGAGCCUUUCAGCCAAGGAGGGAAAGAAAUCCUUUACAGAUUUCUACAACACGUUCCUGAUGAAGGGAGCGAUUUUGCGGGUCCCAAUUCCGAGUAGCGUGUCCUUUGACCUGGAUCGCACGAGGUUGGACCUCAUCCAGGACGACACGCUGAAGAAAUACAUAACCGAGAUCCAGAGUUAUCAGAUCCCAGAGAUCUGCCGGCAGCUGGAAGAUUUCAGGACCAAACGGGUACUCGGCAUGACCCCCGGAGAGCUGGAGCUGAGGGAGCUGGAGUCGUAUAGGACCAAUGACCGAUACAUCUUACAGUCCAAAGAGAAGCAGCUGGCGGAGCGUCUGCUGGGGAAGCUGGAUGACAUGCACCCAAACAUCUCGCCGGACGAGGAGAAAAGUUCUGCCAUCGUCCUCGCCAUCGCCGCCUACAUGAAGCACAUCGGGGUGAAGACCAAGGUGGCGGAUAGCAAGAAGUCCAAACGCGGCUUCUUCAGGAACAUGGUGUCUGCGAAGAAGCCAGACGAGAACUUGAAACCUAAGAAGCCCUUCAGCAUCUGGAACCGCAAUGAGACCCCGCACUAUGUUGAGACCAGACCGACAAAGGUUGAGGCUGAAGCUGAUAAGCCGGCCAUUCCCGAGAGGAAGCUCAGUCAUGGGCAGAGGAACUUUGACCGAAGCGACAGCAACACAGUGAAGCCCAAGACCACCAUCGACAGUCCUGACCCGGGAGUCUCUGUGACUAUACACCCACCACCCAGCGAGCCCAGCGACAGUGACACAGUGUCUGAUGGGACAUCUUCUCUUGAUUUCACUGACGUGUCCAAAGGUUCUCCGACCACAGAGUUCUACCCGACAGAACAACAGGAAGACUUUGCCGAAAACGACAGACGGAAGAAAAGGCAUUCUAGUAAGCUGGGGCGCUCAGAGAGCUUACGAGUGUACGAGCGCAAGCGUUCACAGCGAGGUUCAGCCAAAGGAAAGCAGACGCGCUCUCGCAGCGAUGUGGAUCUGGAGGCUGCCGCCCGAGCCAACGACAUGCAGGCCUCGUCAAGCAAGUCAAAAUCUGGCAGCCUCACCCCGGAGCCUGGAGGGAGCGUAGAAGGUCAGCAGUCCUUUCUGCUUCCCCAGUCUGAGGAGACUGAGCCGCGCGUUUUGGAGGCCGAGAACGACCCCCCAAAUUGGAGAGAUCUCGUCCCCCCUGAAACACUCCUCAGGCUGAAGAAAAGUGAAAUCAAGCGGCAAGAGGUCAUCAAUGAACUGCUGUUCACUGAGCACGCUCACGUGCGGAUGCUCCGCGUGUUACAUGACAUCUUCUACAUUCCCAUGAAGAACGUCUGGGUCCCCACCGUGGAGGUGGAGAACAUAUUUCCAAGUCUUGAUGACCUGAUUGAGGCGCAUGCUUUGCUGUUGGACAACUUGAAGAAGCUGCGCCAGGAAAAUAACUCCAUCAUCCAGGAGAUCGGGAGCACGCUGCUGCAUCGGUUUGAUGGUACUGAAGGACUCUGGUUUCAGAAGAUCUCCUCAAGGUUUUGCAGUCGCCAACCAUUCGCUCUGGAACAACUAAAGCAGAAGCAGAAGAAAGAUCCUCGAUUCACACAGUUCAUUCAGGAAGCCGAGAGCAACCCACAAUGUCGGCGUCUACAGCUGAAGGACAUUAUUCCAUUUGAGAUGCAGAGACUGACCAAAUACCCGCUCCUGCUGCAGAACAUCGCUAACCUGACCGAGGAAGAAGAGGAGAAGCAGAAGGUACAGAAAGCGGCUGAAUGUUGCCGGCAAAUCCUGAACCACGUCAACACCGAAGUGAGAGAGAUGGAGAACAAAAUGAAACUGAUUGAUUACCAAAGACGCCUCGAUAUGUCAAACCUGAAGCAGAGCAACGACCCGCUGUUCAGCGAGUUCAAGAACAUCGACAUCACAAAGAAGAACCUGAUCUAUGAAGGAACGCUGACGUGGAGAGUCAGUAAAGACAAAUCUGUCGACGUUCAUGUCCUUCUCUUGGACGACAUCUUGAUGCUGCUUCAAAAACAAGAUGAGCGCUUAGUGUUGAAGUGCCAAAGUCGGACGAUCACCCCAGCCCCGGAUGGAAAACUCAUGCUGAGUCCAAUCAUCAAGCUGAACACAGCGAUGGCCCGUGAGGUGGCUACUGAUAACAAAGCCUUCUUUGUCCUAUUCAAGUGGGAGGACAGAGCGCAGAUCUACGAGCUGGUGGCGCCGACCACGUCUGAGAAGAAAGCAUGGUUUUCCUUAAUCAGUCAAAAUACCGGUCGCCUGGAAUCGUCGGCUUCCUCCAAACCAAGACCGUCAUACAACAACCCAGCCAUGCUUUCCCAGAGCCCGACCUAUGACCAGUUGCUGGGAGGUUCAGAAAACGGAGGCUCCAUGAAAGAGUCUGCAACGAAGGACGAAAAGGAAGAAUCUCUCGACGACGUGGGGCUCGGGAGCGAGGAUAAUCCUGGGGACCAAUCAGCAGAACAUCUCGCCUACAAGCUGAACCCGUACACGAGCGGAGGGGGAAAUGUCGCCAGUGACGCGCUAGAAGAAGUCUCUGUCUUGAAGAGGUUACUUGUGCGUAAUAUCCGGCUAAGUCUGGACGUGGAGUCUCUUGCAAACCUUGACAGCUGGUCUGAAAACUCCCAGGAUGAGUCUGGAGGUCCCCAACCUGCCCCAGAAGAGAAGAACACAAAUGGUCAGGAAGAAGAUGCUGCGGCGGAGUCUGACAGGGAGGCCAAAGAGCAGGGGUGUGAUUUAGGGCCACGAGACAUCGGAGAGUCUCUGUGUGCCCCAAUCGUCUUGUCCCAGGAGCAGUCGGAGGAGGUUCGGAGGCGCAUCCUUCUACUGGAGCAGAGAGUGCAGCAGCUGAAGGUUAUAGAGGAGGAUUAUAUCCACCUGCAGAGGACAGUUGCCAAAUUUACUGUAUCCCAAGGAAGCUUCACAUGAGACAGGUCCUGUUUUCCAUGGUUAACUGAGCUGCAUGCCCUGCCAAGAAUGACGGUGACACAACCUCUGAGGUGCCAGGAACAGGACGAUUGCCAGGGUGGGAGUUAUGGGACUAAAUGGACUGCCAGUCAUAGGAUGUGGGUGGGUGGGAGCCCUGCUGAAAUUGAGGGGACCUGGUUUUAUCCCUCUUGGACGACACAAGUGCCUUAUAGCUUUUAUACUUUUCUGUUUUUUCAGGGAUGGGGGGGGGUGAAGUGCGUAUUCAGUCUGCUUUUUUUAAAUAUAUAUUUCAGAUAGAAAUUCUUAUCAUAGCUGUACAGUAACGUCAUCCCGUCUGCUUAUUAGAGAGACUGGGGUUUUUUUUUUGCUCUUUUUUUUUUUUUUUCCACAUUAAUAAAGUUUAUAUAAAAUAAUAAUAAAAAGCACAAAAAAAAGUGAACCCUUCAGCUCCAUAAGGAGGUUGGGGUUCCCCUGUAACGUGGAUGCCUGGAUAGGAAUGGAGAACAAAGUGUGGAGGGGUUUAGGGUUCAAGGGCGAUGAUAUGACACUGUGGUACUAUUGAGAUACGGGCAGGUUAGAUACAGUUAGAUACAGCUGUGGGCUCCGACAUGUGGGUCUCCAGCUGGGAGUUGUAGUUUUGCAAUAGCUGAAGAGCCACAGGGUGGAGAUGGGUCAUUGUUGGGCAGGAUCAGGAGGUCUCACUGGAUAAUCGCCUCCAUUAGACCCGGUCUACGCAGCAUUCCCAUGCCUUGCGGUUGUUCAGAAGUCUCUGUAGUCGUAGUCGGCCCUUUAUGCUUCCUGUAGAGAUUUUUCUCAGCUGUUACGGGUCAGAGGAAUAAGGGUCUAUGAACUGGGGAAAGGAUGAAGUAUUUAAAGGGGUUAAACUGAAAAAGGAUCUGCAUUUUAUUGCGGGAACAGCGCCUCUUGUGUCCAUGGGCUGUAUAGGGUAUUGCGGCCUUCAAGUGAAAGGGACUGAGCUGCAGUACCAGACAUAGCCUAUAGGACAAGGGAGGCGCCCUUUCUGGAAUACAAUGCAGAUCCCUUUUUUUUUUUUGUCAUGACGCUGAUGGCGUUAAAGGUGUGAAAUGUACGUGUUCUAAACAGACGGUCUACAUACGUGUUCUUUUGAUGGUUGUAGUAUUAAAUAUAGAAAAGUUCCCAUUGUAAUCCAGGCACCCAGUUACUGAUGACUUGCAACUUCUGCUACAGACCUAUCACUGCUCACAUUGGAGGAGGUGACUUAAGGAAGUUCUCCAGCUAAAUAUAAUUCAUAGAAAUCUGAUUACUAAGGCCCAUCGAUAUGGAGACCGUCAUGGUGUGACUGCUGCCAGGCUCCUCCUCCUAUACUGAUUACUAAGGCCCAUCGAUAUGGAGACCGUCAUGGUGUGACCGCCGCCAGGCUCCUCCUCCUAUACUGAUUACUAAGGCCCAUCGAUGUGGAGACCAUCGUGGUGUGACCGCUGCCAGAUGGCUCCUCCUAUACUGAUUACUAAGGCCCAUCGAUAUGGAGACCGUCAUGGUGUGACUGCUGCCAGGCUCCUCCUCCUAUACUGAUUACUAAGGCCCAUCGAUAUGGAGACCGUCAUAGUGUGACUGCUGCCAGAUGGCUCCUCCUAUACUGAUUACUAAGGCCCAUCGAUAUGGAGACCAUCGUGGUGUGACCGCCACCAGAUGGCUCCUCCUAUACUGAUUACUAAGGCCCAUCGAUAUGGAGACUGUUGUGGUGUGACCGCUGCCAGGCGGCUCCUCCUAUACUGAUUACGAAGGCCCAUCGAUAUGGAGACCAUCGUGGUGUGACCGCUGCCAGGCGGCUCCUCCUAUACUGAUUACUAAGGCCCAUCGAUAUGGAGACCAUCGUGGUGUGACUGCUGCCAGGCUCCUCCACCUAUACUGAUUACUAAGGCCCAUCGAUAUGGAGACCAUCGUGGUGUGACUGCUGCCAGAUGGCUCCUACUCUGCUGCCACCACUGGCACAGUCCAGCUUUGAGUUGAACAUCGGAGUCAUUUAGACCAGGCUGGUUGCUAUGGAUAAAUAGCCUAGCAACCACAGUUCCUGUAAUUGUAUUGUCGGGCACAUCCCUAGCAUCUCAGGUGGAUUCAGAAGAUGUAAGGAGGCCUGCACGUGUUCACACCAGACCUUUUCUACUUCAUGGUGACCUUUGGUUGUGAGAUGUUCACCAAAAGGGUCUGUCACACCACCGUAAUGUUUCUGUAUGGGGGGGAGGUCAUGUGCUACGGGCACAAGAACAUACUGGAAAUCAUUGCAGGGGAGAUGGUGCAUUAAGCCUCAGCGACAUUAGGAACCAUAUAUUUAGGCCUUGAACCUUCUGGCCGCCCCCCCAGCUGUGCCGGGUUAUACCCGGAGUACCCCCACCAUAGCUGGCGAGCUGCGGAAUGUCGACCUCUGCUCUAGAGGAACUGCACACAGGUGUUACGGGCGGGUGUUAUAUAUAUAUAUAUAUGUUCUGGGGUUCAGCCCGCUGUGGCCGAUCUUCCGUUUGGGUAUUUAAGCCUCAUUCCUCGAUAUAUUUAUAUAUUUGUGAAGCUUUGGGGAUUUUGGGUUUAUAUUGGUAGGUUUGUGAAUUUCGAGAGGGACAGUCUCCCUCCCCCAUAAAAUGCUUGCUUCAUCUCUAUGCCAAAGAAAAUGUUUUUGCAAAAAGUUGUAAUUUACAAAAAUGUCACCAAAAAAAUAAAAUGUAUUUUUUUUGUGUCA